AAUGUCAAGGUCGAGCCCGAAAGUGUCUUCUACCGUUUUAGUGUUUCAAGCAACUCGGGUCGACCCGAACCGACUUGAGAGUGAAAAGGAAGACGUGACACAUUAUGUAAACUUAUAUUCGGGGACGCUUUUCAUCAUUACGUAAUCCCAGCACCAGGAUGCCUCUCAGAGCUUUAUUAAGAUAUCUGAUGCAAAAUGAGCAAGUGGUGCAAAAGCUUGCAGAGAGCUACCCUAUACGAAGAGCUGCACAGUUAACAGCAUAUGUACUACACAGAGGGAAGGAAGCUGGUCUGCAGAGUCUUGAGAAGAUGCAAGAAGCAGACGUCGUGAAUAAACUGCAGCAGGAAGCCAAAAACUCUGGGCAGAAGUUUGAAAACUUUCGAAACACGUUUACCAAAGAGUUGAAAGAAGGAAUGAAUGAAGUGAAAGAAGAAAUGAAAAAGAAAAAAUAACCAAGUUAGCUGUGAUAAUGUGAUAUACAGUAGUCGACGGGGAUCUCCAGGCCACAUCUGGACCGUCUGUGUUGAGUUAGAGUCAAGUCCAGAGACUGGGGAAGCUGUGCCAUGUGAAAUGUGACACUGGUAUUUAUGAAGUUAACUUGUUAUUGCAGAAUGCACCUGAGAAUCAAAUUAGGAUAAACAAUUGAGGAUGGUAUUGUUUAGAUAGUCAUUCCAGCUGUAGAAUAUCAGGAGAGUAUUCUCUACAUUGGCUCUGAUCAAAUUGUGUCUGUAAAUAUGGAAUGACUGGUACCCAUGUUGCCUGCAUGAUGGUUAUUUCAAUAAGGCUAAACAAAAUAAUAGUCUUGAUUCUCAGGCAACACCUGCAUCAUCAUAAAGUCUGCAGUACGUUUUGUUUUUAUUUCCAUAUUAAAAAAAUAUAUAAAAAUCCUAAUACUUAAACACAAUGCACACAAAAAAUUGAAAAUGGAAACAAAGACGAAACAUGCAAUGAACUUUAUGAUGAUGUGGGCAGUGCCUGAGAACCAAGACUAUUAUUUUGUUUAGCCUAAUGGAGAACUGAUGGCUUGACACGUGAUCUAUGGCGCUUGUUUCAGUGAUAGAAAUUGGCACUUGUUCUAUUGUCCUUGCCAAACUGGCCAAUAGUUAGUAUCAUAUGGACUAGUAGAAAAUUGCCAUUUAAAGGGUAUUGCUAUCUUAUCGUUAUUCGGAUGAGUUGACGAAAAAUAUUAGUUUCUAUGGCUGGAUUGUAGAUUCCUCAGUCUUUGAGUUAAGUGGAAGUUUGUAUGUGGAGAAUGGGUGAUAUUGCUCCUAUUUAGUUGUGUAAUAUUUCACCCCUGUUUGCUGUUCCCUGAUUGCCACAAAUAGCUGCAGGAUUGCUGAUGUGGUGUUAAGCAAUAAUCACUCCCUCACUGUUCCCUCAUGUAACAAGGGAUACUACUCAGGAAUCAUUUGAAAAUAUCACGGCGUGAGAGUGUCGCACGAAACAAUGUCAGACAACUAACAAGUUCUGUCAAUUAUUUAUUUCAGCAGCCCAUUGCCCGUUUAUUCCAUGCUUACAAUGUUAAAUUGAAAGACAUAACCUUACCACCCUUUAAUAAAAGUGAAAAUCUAUUCUUGUGAGAAGCCCUUUAUCACUAUGAAUUUUUAGACUCAUAGAACAUGGCAAUAAAAUGUCACCUGGGUCAAAAGACCAGAUUGCUAGGAAAUGAAAUAAACACUGUUUCAAGACUGA